UGAACUCUGACCUCUGUGCUGGUGUCUGCUCGGAUCUCAUGCGGGGAGGAUUUUGCGGGUUAGAAAAAUGAAAGUAUUUCACGAGAUGAAUGGACUGUCAAGGCUGCCUCGCUAGCUCAGCAGCAGCUGCACUCUCUCUUUAAUCAGAUUUUGCAGACGCAGCAGGUUUACACGGCUGCUGUCAGAUAACACUGACCUACAUGUGGUGCUCGCGGUGUCGGGAUUUGUUUUGCUACAUAGCUAGUUAGCUGCUAGCUGGUUAGCUAGUAGUGCUAAGUUAAAAAAAAGCACUGCUGUCAAGUCGGAAUAACAUCCGGCUUCACAAAGUAGCGUUGGUUAAAUCAGAUGACCACCAACCAGUACUUUCUCCGGGACUCAUGACCGUCCUCCUGUCACUAUGUAUCCGAGAUUUGUGUUACUAAAUAACGGAAUAAGCCGCCCUGAAAAACGUAAUAAUAUCAAAAGCAGGCUUGCUAACCUGUGCUAGCCUGGUUGCCGCUAAGCUCACCGUCUCCAUCGUCACAUUUGAAGCAACUGACAGUGUGAAGAAACGUUUUGGACAACCGUCAGCUGGGAAAACGUUACAUAGAGUCAACUGCUAAUAACGGGACUAACGUUUCCAGUAACCAUGGCUAACGUUACCGACCUGCAAACAAAAUACAGCAAGCUGGCACAGGAGUACUCCAAGCUCCGUGCCCAGAACCAAGUGCUGAAGAAGGCAGUCGUGGAUGAACAGGCCAACUCUACCUCCUUAAAGGAGCAGCUGAAGCAGCGUGACCAGAGCCUGAGAAAGCAGGAGCAGGAGAUGGACAGUCUCAGCUUCAGAAACCAACAGCUGGCUAAGAGGGUGGAGCUGCUUCAAGAGGAGCUGGCUGUUAGUGAAGCCAAGGGCAAAAAGGGGAAGAGCAAAGGAGACUCCCCCUCACAGCAUGGCAUGCAGACCCAGAAUGUUUUUGAUGAGGACCUGCAGAAAAAGAUAGAAGAGAAUGAGCGACUUCAUAUCCAAUUCUACGAAGCAGACGAGCAGCACAGGAGGCAGGAGGCCGAGCUGAAGGCACGGCUAGAGGAGCUGGAGAAAGACUCCGAGCAGCACCAGGCUGUAGUGGACGGACUCACCACUAAGUACAUGGAAACUAUUGAGAGGCUGCAGAGUGACAAGGCACGCUUAGAGGUGAAGACACAGACUCUGGAGAGGGAAGCGAAAGAGUGCAGAUUGCGAACAGAAGAAUGUCAGCAGCAGUUGAGGCGGUGCCAGACGGAACUCAACAGACAGGUGAAACAAAGCAGCAGUGUUAUCCAGGAGAAAGUGCCCUUCAAUGACACCAAAUUUAGUGACUUCAACAGUCUAAAUGUGCCACCACACAAUCGGAGACACCAGCUGAAAGCCCGGGACGUGGCAGGUCAGGCUUUGAGCUUUAUUCAGGACCUUGUGGCUGCUCUGCUGAACUUCCACUCGUACACAGAGCAGAGAGUGCACAUCUAUCCUCUGGACUCCUCCAUUGAGCAAAUCUCCCCUCUGAACCAGAAGUUCUCCCAGUAUCUACAUGAGAAUGCAGCCUACGUGCGCCCCCUGGAGGACAGUUUUCUGCAGUUACACCAAAGCAUCACAGAGGACACUGUCACAGUGUUGGAGACUGUGGUCAAACUGAAGAGCUUUGCUGAUAACUUCUCCUCGUACACCCAUUUUCUACAAAAGAUUCUUCCCUACCAGCUGAAAAGCCUGGAGGAAGAGUGCGAGGCACCUCUUUGUACUGCCGCCCUUAGUGCGAAAAACCAGGAGUUGCAGAGUGACAUGAAGAGAGUAACUUCUGUGUUUGAGAAACUGCAGAACUACAUUAACCUUUUGGCCUUACCCAGUGUUCGGCAGGAUGCCAUGCCACAGAGCAGCACCUCCGCUGUCUUCACCCAGCUGGCCGCCUGCUUGCACAGUCUUCACGACGCCAUUAAAGAAAUGUCAAAGCACUACAACCAGAAGGCCAGCUUAGAGCAGGAGCUCCCCACUGUCACCCAGAAGCUCUGCACCACCACAGAGUGCCUGCUGGGAUCUCUGGGCUCACUGAACAGCAGCACUGGCAAGAUUGCCACUUUCUUCAGCAACAACUUGGACUUCUUCACGUCACCGGGCUACAGUCCAAGAGGCAGCACAGCAGCCCUCAACCCCUUGCAAGCAGAGAGCAUGCUGGCCAACAAAAAGAAAGCAGCUGCUUAUAUCCACGCUAUCAGAAAGCCCCGGCCACAGUCUGUUCCAUACAGAGAAGCCCUGUCAAACCGUCGUAUACUCACCAGCUCCACUGAGAGUAGAGAAGGUCUCACUCAGCAGGUGCAGCAGAGCCAGGAGAAGAUUGCUCGGCUGGAGCAGGAGAAGGAGCACUGGCUCCUGGAGGCCCAGCUGGGGAAGGUGCGGCUGGAGAAGGAGAACCAGCGCAUCGCGGACCUGGAAACGCAGCUCGCGGCGGCUCUAGGAGGAAGUCCAAACUUGCAAACAGCUGCAGCCAGCACACUCGAACAGAGCCACGAGGAAGCGGAGACUGAGCUGAAAGCUGCAGGAAAAGAGACUACGCUGUGCACCAGCCUGGUUGGUAUGUUGUGUACAACACCCACAGUUGAGCAUGUGGGAGACGAGGAGUCCAGGGAGCAUCUCAUAAAGACUCACUACAUGACCAGAGUCGGAGAGCUCACCACUCAGCUCCAGAUUUCUGACAGCAAAGCUGUUCACUUCCACUCUGAGUGUCGCGCUUUGGCCAAGAGAUUAGCUAUUGCAGAGAAAUCACGGGAGACUCUGAGCGAGGAGGUCAAAGUGGCUAAUCAGAACAUCACACGCUUGCAGGAUGAGCUGGCUACGACUAAAAGGAGCUACGAAGACCAGCUCAGCAUGAUGAGCGACCACUUGUGUAGUAUGAAUGAGACACUGAGCAAACAGAGAGAGGAAAUCGACACGCUUAAACUGGGCAGCAAGGGAAACGCCAAAAAGAACAAAGGUCGCUAGAGCUGCUCUCCAAACACCGGCUCCAUUUGGGAUCACAAGGGCACCCUGAGGGAAGAUGUGGACUGUGGAGCCUCCCAGCAGCGUCCUGGUACCAACACCACCACCAUCACCACAACCACAGGACGGCUACAUGAGCCUCAGAUUUCUCCAUUAUCAGGCAGUGGCAAUACAAAUGAACUGUGUGGGGGCUUGAACGUGUCUGACCGAAGAAGCUUCUUUUUUUUCUCCUCUUUUCCAUGUCACAGCACCAGUUAUAACAUAACAUAACAUGAUUUGCUAAACAUGCAUUCUCAAACUGUACCGGAAGCUGCUGCUUGACCUUUUGGCCAAAGCAGGAUGGGAGAGAAACCGUUUUUUUUUCCUCCCCAAAAAGGGACAGAGGAAGAUAAACAGCUUGAAACAGUUGAAGUUAAGACUUGAAGACCAAACCCUGUUGAUCGGUGUGUGUACUUUUCCUGAUUAAUGUACAUGUGAGAGAAAUUGAAACUGCAUUCUUACUGCUUAUCUGUGGGAGGAGAUUAACUUGAGUAAAUGUUGGUGUGGCUGUAUGUGUGCAGAGUGUUGUCUCAUUGUGUGACUGUGGCACCAGGCUUUACAACAUGUGAGUAUUGUUUUAAUACACUUAGAUUUAUUUUUUUUUUAGAUCAAAUUUGAGAUUAUUUGUGCAAGUGGUUCCAAGGGCCUGUAUGUUUACAUACAGCAUAAUAUCCCUUCUAACACAUGCAUAUAUGUGACGAGAAGAAGGGCUUUAAAACCUCCAAUGAAGAACUAACAAAAACACUUGAAUUCAUUCCUUAUUAUGGAAAAUUUUCAGUCCUUUGGAGCUGGAUAAAAGAAAAGAAAAAAAAAAAGAUGUCUGCCUGGAAGCACUGAUUAACUGUGUUUACCUAGAAGGAAAGGGCAGGAUGGACAAGUCGGAGCUUGUAAAACGGUGUCAGUCUGUCUCUGUGAAGUUACUCUUAACAAUAGUCAUUUUUAUCACCAAAGUAAACGUGGAUGUGCACUCAGAAGCCUGGUGUAGCACAGCACUCUUUAAAUUCAUGUUGUACUCUGUACGGAUAAAAAGGGUUAAUGUGAAUAUACACUCAUUUGGAAUUAAGAUAUAAUUGUACUGUAUCAUUUCUAAAAAAAAUAUAUAUAUAUAUAUACAAAAAGGCAUUUAUUCUGAGGUUACAAAAAUUUUCCACAAACUUUGGAAAACUAAAUCUGCAGCUACUUUUUGGGUGUCUCCUAUAAGGAUUACUGGGAAGUGUCCGAGGGGUUGGCCUAUACUGUAACUGGUGCUUAGACAACCUGUUUCAUGAGUGCAGUUAAAGUUUACAGUGCAACAGAACUUCUCUGGCUUGUACCGACAUGAUGAGGUGAAUGAAAGAAAGGCCCAGCAGUGGUUUCUAGCAGUCCAUUCAAACCUCUCGUUCGCCAGUCUACACCUGCCAGCAAACCUUUGAUCGCAAAGAUUUGCCAACGCCCCCCAAAACCGAUCAAAAAGAAUACUUGUAUCCUCACAGUGUAACCUGUUCAAAAGCACAUAUUAAUAUGUGAAACAAAAUAAAAAAAAAGCUUGCUCAACAGUGAAACAGGAA